UAGACAUAGUAAAUGAGGCUUUGACCUCUUAAUAGAUCACAUUGACUGUCAAAAAUAGUAUGUUAUGCAUAAAUUUUGAUGCCGUUGAGUUUUAUAAACAGAAUUUUUUGAAAUAAACUUGUUUAGAUUUUGAUGCAAUAUAUGGACUCUGUACCAGUUUGAGAAUAUGUAUAAUAUAUGGGGCAAAUAAGAAUUGAUGAAAAGAUGAGAGGCUAUUCUGUAAAAUUGUGUAACUAAACCAAGAGUCUCGGACCUUCUCAAACCUUCCUCUGCCAUUACUUGCCAUUGAAAUUAUCCAACUAAAACAAAAUCUGUGGAUGAGUCUUCACUGAAAAAGCAAAGCUCUUGCAAAAGGACAACUUGAGACACUCACUUGAUUUUGCUCAGUUUUUGAAAUCUGAGAUUUGAAACGUUACUCUGCAACACUACGAGCUUUUUUUCUGUCUAUUCGCUCAAAUAGAUUAAGCUAUAGAGAGAGACAAACCUAGAUCCUAACCUCAUGCGACGUGUUCCUACUCUUGUAGACAAGCUCAAACCAAUCUUCCCGGUCUCAGGAUCAAAAGGUAAAGUGGUAAGAACCGUUGUACCCAAGAAACCUGUGAACGGGAACAAUAGUGAAAGCGAAACGAUGAAGAAGAUGGAGGAAACGGUAGAGCCUAUGGUUGCCUUCAGUAGACCACCACCUUAUUCUCCAAUUGUUGGUCCACUGCUCAUGUAUUCCCUUCUUCAAUCAUGGUCUAGCCACGAUGAAGAUGGCUAGUUACAUGCAUCUACCAAAGGUUUCGUGUUAAGAACCUCUUAAAUCUUAUCUGAUAGGAUAAUAACUGAGUCUUUAGCAUAAACCCUUGUGAGAUGUUUAGUAGAGACAUUGUGAAGUUUGGUGCUGUUUUAACAAAAAUCACUGUCUUUUUUUUUUUUUCUGGAAGCAUCAUGCAUGUGUGCUUUGUGAAUUAUAUAGUAAUCAUGUGAAUUUUGUACUAAUGUAGUUUAUAUGGGUCUAGUAAAUAACUGAUAUGUUUCCACCACUCACUUGUAGUUUUCUC